AUGGAUGAUAUCAUUGAAAGCUUGCGGGGAAAAAUUGAGGCGGCUCAAAAAGCUGCGAAAGCUCAGCUUGUUGCGCAGAAGAUCACAAGUGAUAAGAAAAAAGGAGACGAAGGUUUGAUGCUUUUUUGGGUUUUCUCCGGAAAAUUUCAUGAUUUUGUUAUAUUUGUUCGUCUAAGCUUGCUAUACUUCCAGACUCUGACCGAGAAGAAAAUCGUAAACGGCGGGGAAAAAGUAGGAGUCGAUCACGCUCCAGAUCCCGAUCAAGAAGUCCUAAAAAGUGGGUUUUCAUACAAGUCCUUUCUUGCUUUCAAUGAGUAA